UUAACAUUGAAGAAAAACAGAGUCCCUGUCACACUUCACUUUCUGUUCUAAGCAACUCAACUUGUUCAACAGUGACUGUAGUUUUAUAUAAUCUCCUGCUGUUGAAGCUGUCGUUUUAUGAUCGUGAUCUGCCAUGGACACACCCAAAAAGCUUUAUUGAUGAACCAACUGGAUGAUCCUUGUGAUAUAUGUGGUGAUGUAGGCUUUGCAGAGCAUAUUGUAACUUGUUUUCAGUGCAAAAUGGCAAAGGAACACGGCUACCGCAUGCGAGAAGUUCUCUUGACUAUCCCAGAAAUUUGGUUUUGUGAAGAAUGUCGAUUAAGCAAGGCCAUAGCUUCUUCGAAGUCUGUUAUAGUGGAAGAUGUUCCUGUGUCUUCAACAUCAAUUACCUUUGAGUGUGUGUGUACCAGCCCGGUUCUUAAGCUUUCAAAAAAAUCAGUUCAUGAUAAAAGAGAAAUGGCUUCAAAAUCAAACCCCUCUAAGACUUUGAGUCCUGGGGGGUUUCUCAAGAAUCAAGAGAGAUCAGGUCAUGCUUGUAAACAAGUGGCUGCUAGAAUUGGGAAUGUCAAAAAGUCAUCAGGCCCAUCAAAAUCAGAACAUUUACCGAGAUAUUUGGUCUCAAGGCUUGACCAGUCAAGUACCAUGGCAACGGUGUCUAAGAGCAAUCCAACUAGGUUUAAAGCUGCUCCUGCAAAGUUAUCUGUAAAGAAAAUUAAAGCAAGUCAUGAACAUAGAAAAAUAGGACAUAGCAGUGCAAGGUUUGGCUCUAAUACUCAACAAAAAGCAAACCAAACAUCAAAAAAUUUAAAAGAUAAAAAAACUUCUGCCAUCUGUGAAAAAAAGACACAUGCUACUUUCAUGCCUGGUGAAAAGAUUGAAACCUCACGGUCACAAGGAAAGGAUAGUGAGCAAGUCUCUCCAGAUGGCUUUGUUAGCUUAUCUGUAGAUAUGAUAGCAAGCACUUUAGCCGAGCGGGAUCUAAAUGAUAUAGCUCGGAAGUAUCACAUAGACACUAUUAAGUACCAUCUUUCUCUCCCCAAAUCAUCCCAGAGAGCAAACUCCAAUUUCGCACGCAAACACACCUUUUGCAUCUAUGCUGAUGCCUUUAAGGCCGGGCUUCGUCUUCCUCUUCAUCCUCUAAUUCCAGCAAUCCUCCGUCAGUUUGGGGUUGCUCCGACUCAGAUUACUCCAAACUCAUGGAGGGUACUGAUUUGUUUUAUUUCCUUUUGUUGUUCUCAAAAAAUAACUCCUACAGUGAACCUCUUUCGUGCAAUCUACUCUCUCAAAGAUCACUCUGGGGACGGCAAGGGGUGGUGGUUCUUCUGUGCUCGGAAUGGGUUAAAGUUGUUUGAUGGUUUUCCAAGCUCCACCAAGGGAUGGAAGAGUAUGUUUUUUAUAAUUAGCACAUCUGAGAUGGACUGCUUAAGAGUUAACACAAAGUGGGGUCAUCCCAAUGGUGCAGCGAAUCAGUCGUUAACUCCUUCUGCCGAGAAGGUCAAAUCAUUGGGUGAUCUUCUUGCUGCAGCGACAAACAACCCACCUGACUCUAAGGUUUUGUUGUCAGAAGAGGCCUUGAUUCAAGCGGGGAUUAGUUCAGCCUUACUAAAAUCGAAGGGGUCUAAGGGUGAGGUGAAGCAGCAUCAUAGCUUAUCUCAAUCAGGGCUAGUGAGGACCUUAAAGAGACAGAGAGCUGCCACAAAGGCUGGGAAAAGCUCUUGGUCUGCUCUUCCUUGUCAAGAUCCAAUCUUAGCAGAUGAAGAUCAGGAGGGUCAGCCACAAACGAAGAGGCCAAAGGAACCUCAGCAACGUAUGGAAGAAACGGACUUAUUGCAACCUACUGAGCUAACUAACCAGCCCCAAGAGAUUGUCUCUCCUGUGACCUCAGCUCCUCUAGCUCCUAAUGGUUCGCCUCAUGAAGUCGUGCCCCAGCAACCUUCCCUUCAGUUUAGUAUCCAGCGCAUUGCAGGAUCCUCAGCUCCCACAGUUAACUGCAAUUCCUCUGGUAUUGCAUCAGGUGAUUUCCCACCUUCAAAUGCUAAAGUGACGCCCACAGGAUCAGUUGAGUACAUGGUUCUUCCCCACUACCGUUAUUUUGUGGCUCAGAAGCACGCUUUGGACAUGAAUCAGGAGCUUAUGUGCCAAGCAAUGGAGAUGGACCGUGAGAUCCACAUUUUGAAGGGAGAAAGGAACGAACUAAGAACCGAACUAGAAUCAAAGAAGAUGGCAGUGGCUGAGCUGGAGUCAGCUAGAAAAGCAACAGUUGAGCUUCAAAGUUUGAGUGAGAAGCAGAUUCAAAAGUUGGAAAAGAAGGUUGAACAGAUGGAGAUCAAGUUGAAAGAGACUCAGGAAAAGGCCCGGACAAGGAAGGACCGGUUUGCUAAGCUGAAAAGUAGGUUGAAACUGGCCAAGCACCGGGCAGAGUAUGCUGAAAGAAAGGCUGUUGCGGCUGAAGAAAAGUGGCACCAGUCCGAACUGGCAGAGUCAACGGUCGCUGAGGAGACACUAAAGAACUUCAAGGCUUCUCAGGAAUUCCGUGAUUUAGUCGAAGAUUAUAAUGCUGAAGCCUAUGGCUUGGGGUUAGAUGCCGCCAUUGAGAAGGUCAAGAGGCAAUAUCCAGAUCUCGAUCUGUCCAUGAUUGAUUUCUAUGCUGAGGAGCAUAAUGGGGGAGCCUAGUGAGCUGCAACAACCUUCUCAGCAUAAUCAUUCUAAAGAUACCCUCUUUCUUGAUCUGUUUGUGAAUAGUUUAAUGGCAAGCAGCUUUCUUUAAUGAACGAAAACUUUCUAGAUGAAGAUCUUGCUUUUCUGUUUCGUGGAAGGAUUUAGUCCCAGUCCCAUGUUCUCGUGUCUCUCUGAGUGUGUUCAGGACCAUGCACUUAACUCUGACACGAUGUCUCACUGUACGUUGUCCC